CCGCCGUGCCCGCUUGGCAUCAAGGACAUUCAGCCCGCGGGGGUGGGGACGAAGGGGGGCAGCCCCGCGUCGCCGCCGCAGCCCCUGAGAGCCACCACUGUCGCUGCUUGGGCUCCGGGGCUGGGCGGAGGAAAGGGGUGCUUGGAAUCGAUCCACAUUUUCUGACCUUUUUGUUGGACAUUACGCCCACCUUGGACGCUGCAAGAGGAGCUGUCAAGCCCAGCAGGCUCUGAUUUGGCCCCCUCCGUUUUCCUCUGCUGCUCGUGGCUUCCCGGUGCCUCGGUGGAGUAUUUGCGUUCGGGGCUGGGGCUGGAGGAGGCAGCCACACGCGCGCACACGCACACGUUCAGAGGAGGGCGAGAGGCAGCGGUACAGGCACCAUCUGCAGUGUCAAUGCGGCGCUGGGGCUGAAGGAGGGAAACGCCGCUCUUCCAGGGGAGACCGCCCUGCUGAGUCCUGGCCCUCCGGAGGGACGGCUGUGCUGGUUGCUGCUGUGUUGAGAGGACCUCUCUCGGAGAUGAAAGCCAUGCCCUGGAACUGGACCUGCCUGCUGUCCCACCUCCUGGUGGUAGGGAUGGGCUCCUCCACUCUGCUUUCACGGCAGCCACCACAGCUAUCUCAAAAGCGUUCUUUGGUCACAUUCCGAGGGGAACCCACCGAGGGCUUCAAUCACCUUGUGGUGGACGAGAGGACAGGACACAUUUACUUGGGGGCUGUCAACAGGAUCUACAAACUCUCUAGUGACCUCAAGGUCUUGGUGACUCAUCAGACAGGGCCAGAUGAGGAUAACCCCAAGUGUUACCCACCUCGUAUUGUUCAGACCUGCAAUGAGCCCUUGGCCAGCACCAAUAAUGUCAACAAGAUGCUGCUUAUAGACUACAAAGAAAACAGGCUGAUUGCAUGUGGGAGCUUGUACCAGGGUAUCUGCAAGCUCCUCAGGCUAGAGGACCUCUUCAAGUUGGGGGAGCCUUUCCACAAGAAGGAACAUUACCUCUCAGGGGUUAACGAGAGUGGCUCAGUCUUUGGGGUGAUCGUCUCCUACAGCAAUUUGGAUGAUAAACUCUUUAUUGCCACUGCAGUGGAUGGCAAGCCUGAAUAUUUUCCUACCAUCUCUAGCCGGAAGCUGACUAAGAACUCUGAGGCAGAUGGCAUGUUUGCUUAUGUUUUCCAUGAUGAAUUUGUGGCCUCUAUGAUCAAGAUCCCUUCAGACACCUUCACUGUUAUCCCUGACUUUGACAUCUACUACGUUUAUGGCUUCAGCAGUGGCAACUUUGUCUACUUUUUGACCCUUCAGCCAGAGAUGGUGUCUCCCCCAGGCUCCACAACGAAGGAACAGGUGUACACGUCAAAGCUUGUGAGGCUUUGCAAAGAGGACACAGCCUUCAAUUCCUACGUGGAGGUGCCCAUUGGCUGCGAGCGCAAUGGGGUGGAAUAUCGCUUGCUACAGGCUGCCUACCUGUCUAAAGCUGGUGCUGUGCUGGGCCGGACCCUGGGAGUCCGUCCAGAUGCUGACCUCCUCUUCACUGUCUUCUCCAAGGGCCAGAAGCGGAAGAUGAAAUCUCUGGAUGAGUCUGCCCUGUGCAUCUUCAUCUUGAAACAGAUCAAUGACCGCAUUAAGGAGCGCCUGCAGUCCUGUUACCGAGGCGAGGGCACACUGGACCUGGCCUGGCUCAAGGUGAAGGACAUCCCUUGCAGCAGUGCGCUCCUAACCAUUGAUGACAACUUCUGUGGCCUGGAUAUGAAUGCCCCUCUGGGAGUGUCUGAAAUGGUACGUGGCAUCCCGGUCUUCACGGAGGACAGGGACCGCAUGACUUCUGUCAUCGCGUAUGUCUACAAGAAUCACUCUCUGGCCUUCGUGGGCACCAAAAGUGGCAAGCUAAAGAAGAUCCGGGUGGAUGGGCCCAAGGGCAAUGCCCUCCAGUAUGAGACUGUGCAGGUGGUGGACCCAGGCCCAGUUCUCCGGGACAUGGCCUUUUCCAAGGACCACGAGCAACUCUACAUCAUGUCAGAAAGGCAGCUUACCAGAGUUCCUGUGGAGUCCUGUGGGCAGUAUCGGAGCUGUGGCGAGUGUCUUGGCUCAGGGGACCCCCAUUGUGGCUGGUGUGUGCUCCACAACACGUGCACCCGGAAGGAACGGUGUGAGCGCUCCAGGGAACCCCGAAGGUUUGCCUCAGAGAUGAAGCAGUGUGUCCGGCUGACAGUCCAUCCCAACAACAUCUCUGUCUCUCAGUACAAUGUGCUGCUGGUCCUAGAGACAUACAAUGUCCCGGAGCUGUCAGCAGGUGUCAACUGUACCUUUGAGGAUCUGUCAGAGAUGGAUGGGCUGGUAAUAGGCAAUCAGAUCCAAUGCUACUCCCCUGCAGCCAAGGAGGUGCCCCGCAUCAUCACAGAAAAUGGAGACCAUCAUGUUGUCCAGCUGCAACUCAAGUCAAAGGAGACGGGCGUGACCUUCGCCAGCACCAGCUUUGUCUUCUACAACUGCAGCGUCCACAACUCAUGUCUGUCCUGUGUGGAGAGCCCAUACCGCUGCCACUGGUGUAAAUACCGACACGUGUGCACGCAUGACCCCAAAACAUGCUCCUUCCAGGAAGGCCGAGUGAAGCUGCCCGAGGACUGCCCCCAGCUGCUGCGAGUGGACAAGAUCCUGGUACCAGUCGAGGUGAUCAAACCCAUCACUCUGAAGGCUAAGAACCUCCCACAGCCUCAGUCAGGACAGCGAGGCUACGAGUGCAUCUUGAACAUCCAGGGCACCGAGCAGAGGGUUCCCGCUCUGCGCUUCAACAGCUCCAGUGUGCAAUGUCAGAACACCUCUUACUCCUAUGAAGGGAUGGAGAUCAACAACCUGCCGGUGGAGUUGACAGUCGUGUGGAACGGACACUUCAACAUUGACAACCCAGCUCAGAAUAAAGUUUACCUCUACAAGUGUGGGGCCAUGCGUGAGAGCUGUGGGCUGUGCCUCAAAGCUGACCCAGAUUUUGAGUGUGGCUGGUGUCAGAGCCCAGGCCAGUGCACCCUGCGCCAGCACUGUCCUGCCCACGAGAGCCGGUGGCUGGAACUGUCAGGUGCCAACAGCAAGUGCACCAACCCUCGGAUCACAGAGAUCAUUCCAGUGACAGGCCCUCGGGAAGGGGGCACCAAGGUCACCAUCCGAGGGGAGAACCUGGGUCUGGAAUUCCGGGACAUUGCUUCACAUGUCAAGGUGGCUGGUGUGGAAUGCAGCCCAUUGGUGGAUGGCUACAUCCCUGCAGAACAGAUCGUGUGUGAGAUGGGAGAGGCCAAGCCCAGCCAGCAUGCAGGCUUCGUGGAGAUCUGUGUGGCUGUGUGUCGACCUGAGUUCAUGGCCCGCUCCUCACAGCUCUAUUAUUUCAUGACUCUGACCCUCGCAGACCUGAAGCCCAGCCGGGGACCCAUGUCUGGGGGCACACAGGUUACCAUCACAGGCACCAACUUGAAUGCAGGCAGUGAUGUGGUGGUGAUGUUCGGGAACCAGCCAUGCCUCUUCCACAGGCGCUCGCCAUCCUACAUUAUCUGUAACACUACAUCCUCAGAUGAGGUGUUGGACAUGAAGGUGACUGUGCAGGUGGACAGGGCCAGGAUCCGACAGGACCUGGUCUUUCAGUAUGUUGAGGACCCCACCAUCGUGCGUAUUGAGCCAGAGUGGAGCAUUGUCAGUGGGAACACACCUAUCGCUGUCUGGGGAACUCACCUGGACCUCAUACAGAACCCCCAGAUCCGUGCCAAGCAUGGAGGGAAAGAACACAUCAAUAUCUGUGAGGUCCUGAAUGCUACUGAGAUGACCUGCCAGGCUCCAGCCCUUGCCCUGGGUCCUGACCACCAAUCAGAUCUUACUGAAAGGCCUGAAGAAUUUGGUUUCAUCCUGGACAAUGUCCAGUCUCUGUUAAUUCUCAACAAGACCAACUUCACCUACUAUCCUAACCCUGUGUUUGAGGCUUUCAGUCCCUCAGGAAUCCUGGAGCUCAAGCCUGGCACCCCCAUCAUCCUAAAGGGCAAGAACCUGAUCCCACCUGUGGCUGGAGGCAAUGUGAAGCUGAACUACACCGUGCUGGUUGGAGAGAAGCCAUGCACCGUGACGGUGUCAGAUGUGCAGCUACUCUGCGAGUCUCCCAACCUCAUCGGCAGGCACAAAGUCAUGGCACGGGUGGGUGGCAUGGAGUAUUCCCCUGGCAUGGUGUACAUUGCCCCGGACAGCCCACUCAGCCUGCCCGCCAUCGUCAGCAUUGCGGUGGCUGGUGGUCUCCUCAUCAUCUUCAUUGUGGCGGUGCUCAUCGCCUACAAACGCAAGUCCCGGGAAAGUGACCUCACUCUGAAGCGUCUCCAGAUGCAGAUGGACAACCUCGAGUCCCGUGUGGCCCUGGAGUGCAAGGAAGCUUUUGCAGAGCUGCAGACAGAUAUUCAUGAGCUUACCAGUGACCUGGAUGGAGCUGGGAUACCCUUCCUGGACUACAGGACCUACACCAUGCGGGUGCUCUUCCCAGGGAUUGAAGACCAUCCUGUGCUACGGGACCUUGAGGUCCCAGGCUACCGGCAGGAGCGUGUGGAGAAAGGCCUGAAGCUCUUCGCACAGCUCAUCAACAACAAGGUGUUCCUGUUAUCUUUCAUCCGCACUCUUGAGUCUCAGCGCAGCUUUUCCAUGCGUGACCGAGGUAACGUGGCCUCUCUCAUCAUGACGGUACUUCAGAGCAAGCUAGAGUACGCCACUGAUGUGCUGAAGCAGCUACUGGCUGACCUCAUUGAUAAGAACCUGGAGAGCAAGAACCACCCCAAGUUACUGCUCAGGAGGACUGAGUCAGUGGCUGAGAAGAUGCUGACCAAUUGGUUUACCUUCCUCCUCUACAAGUUCCUCAAGGAGUGUGCCGGGGAGCCCCUGUUCUCCCUGUUCUGUGCCAUCAAGCAGCAGAUGGAGAAGGGCCCUAUAGACGCCAUCACAGGAGAGGCCCGCUACUCCCUGAGUGAGGACAAGCUCAUCCGGCAGCAGAUCGAGUACAAGACCCUGGUUCUGAGCUGUGCCAGUCCAGAUAAUGCCAACAGCCCAGAGGUCCCAGUGAAGAUUCUCAACUGUGACACCAUCACCCAGGUCAAGGAGAAGAUCCUGGAUGCCAUCUUCAAGAAUGUGCCAUGUUCCCACCGGCCCAAGGCUGCAGACAUGGACCUGGAGUGGAGACAAGGAAGUGGGGCGAGGAUGAUCCUACAGGAUGAAGAUCUCACCACCAAGAUUGAGAAUGACUGGAAGAGACUCAACACAAUAGCCCACUACCAGGGGAUUAGUGUCCUGAAACUGAAUCGCAAGCACAGACAAAAGGAAUAG